AGCUUCAUAACAUACUUGGAAAGAAAUUUAAUAACAUAAAGUAUAUCAUGUUUAAUAAAAACUUAAAAAACUUCCAAACAAAGAAAAAAGUGGAAAGUAUAUAGCUGAUUUCGGAACACGUUCUUUCAUUUGCGUGAAAUUAAAUCAAGAAUGGCCGGGAAGAUGGCGGCGGCAGAGUUAAAACAUGAUAAUGUUUCGUGCUAUGAAACUGUGAAAAAAAAUGCAUCAGCAAUAACAUUACACAGAGAAAUAGAAUGUUAUCAAUUUAGAUUGUUAGAUUUGUUUUACUACUUGACUUCUGUCAGUUUUUUUUUCAUCGAUAUAGCAACAGAUAGUAUUGUUUUUAUGAAAUAUUUUCUACAAGGCCAAUUUGUUUGGGGAUGUUUUGCUUUGAGUUUUACAAUUUUACCUGCUGGUAUUAUUCAAAUAUUUAGUUUAAGAUGGUAUCACAGCGAUGGUUCUAUUAAAAAUAUACAUUGGUUAUUGCACUUUUUAUUCUUAGGAGUUUUACACAGGUAUUUAAUUUUACUUUACUCCACAAUACAUUCAUUAAGGAACAAACGAUUUAUGAAGGAUAAAAAUUGGGUAUAUAGACAGGAAAGUGAUAUAUGUAUGUUGCAUUUAUUUGAGUCAUUUAUGGGGGCUGCUCCGCAAUUAAUAUUGCAACUAUAUAUUAUGGCAGUAUUACGUUAUACACCAUUAUGGACAAGUUUAUCUGCCAUAGUCUCCUUUUGUUCGUUGAGCUGGGCUAUAGGUACAUAUACAAAAGCUAUGCAAAAAAUAAAUCCUGACAAUAAUGAAGCAACAUGGAUAGUAUUAAUUCUUCAGGGUCUUUGGCGAGCUGGAAUGUUAAUAUCCAGAAUAGCUGUUUUGGUUUUAACAGCAGUCUGUUUAAGACAAUGGUCUUUAUUGUUUCUUGGUAAGUAUAAAAGUGAGUUAACAAGAUUGCUCAAAAUAGAUUUAUGUCUUUCAUAUAGCGUGUGUUCCGUUGUGAAUGUUACAGGAUUCCACUGGCUCUUUAUGACCAUUUGGGUACUUCUUCAAAACACAAAUUUUUGCCCAACUAUAUGGGAAGAGCGUAUUUAUAAUUGUAUUAUAGGAUUGAUUUAUUGUUUUGAUUUUUUUAAUUUACGUAUUGGUAAAUCUCGAUAUAGAGUAUUUAUAUUUUAUUCCAUCAUUGUAAUAGAAAACAUAGUCUUUUUAGUUGUGUUCGUGUUAUAUUUUAAAGAUAUUAUUAAAACUGAAAAAAUAAUAAUAAUGACUAGUUUUAUAAUUGGAGGAAUGAUGAUUGGCUUGAUAAGUAUGUUAUUCUAUUAUGGAAAAUUUCAUCCGUCCAAAGUUGGAAAUAUAUCUGAGACUGGUGAUAAAAAAUCUGAGAUUGUAACCAACAAAGCUGUUACUCCUAGAUCUUUUAAACAGUAUUAUCCUAACUCGUUUACGACGUCUUCGUGUUCUAUUGAUCGUUCUCAAAGGACCACUUCCGAAGAAAUCACAACGGAUAAACAAUAUUUAUUGACGAACAUCGUACAAAAUUCGGAAUGUACGGAAAACGGUGUUAUCAAUCAAACUUGCCAAAUUGAAAACGAUUCACCAUCAACUGCUGUUUGCGUUGUUUCGGAAUGCGAGUCGGCGCACAACAAUAUUUCAAAAGACGAAAAUCCAUCGUCGAAUAUUUUACCGAGUAAUGCAUUUUCCAUAGCUGAUAAUACUUGUGAAUAUCUUGAAAUUCAUGACGAUCAUAACAAUUCGAACGAAAAAGAUAUUCAUCGUCAGAAACGCAGAGGUAUUUGUUUGCCGACGAUUCACGGAUUGGAUAUAGACAAAGACGUUUCAACAAAAGAUUCAAACUCUUGUCUUCCAUUGCAAAAGAGACGUGGUAUUUGUUUCUCGAAUCAGCUUAUUCUUGAAAUGGAAAGUAACGACCGAGGGAAACUUAUAACCAAUAGAAAUUUGAUACUGGAUAUAAGUACGAAACACAACGAAUCAGAGAACUGCUCUUUGAGUAACAUUUGCAAAGAUUUGAACAGUAUUACAAUGUUAAGGGACAGAAUGGAGACUCCAACGAUAUUUAACGAGAGUUGCGAAAAAACAGAGGAAACGGAAAAACUAACUAAGGAGUUACAACAGAGGGACGAAACGAUGAGUUGCGUUACUUCGAUUCACGAUUAUGAGAACGUUUGCCCUCUUGGUGUGGCUAGGCCACCAUGGUGUAUUCGUAGUUGGAAAGGAUAUACAGAUAUAGAAACGUACAUCCAUGAUGACAGCGUUGUCAGAGAUAGGAGAAGGGAUACAUUAACGAGCACAACAACAGGCACCACUUACAGUUCAGAAUUUUCCGACACCACGUGCGCAAGCUCGAUAUUAAGAGGGAUUCUAAAGCAAGAUGAUUAUCUUGACACGCUUACAUAUGAUUUGAUAGAUUCGCGAGAAUUAAAAACUGCAUACAGUGAGGAUAUUUCUACGAAAAGAAUCGCUGAUGUAGACGAACAAAAUUCCAUUCUAUAUAUCGCAAAGCCAGUGGUAAUAGAUGACAAAGGUGGAAUGUUCUCGCUAGAUACCAUAUUGGAAGAGCACGAUGAAAUGGCCACGGAAGAAAAAUUUGAAUAUAAUCAAUCCAAUUGUGAUUCAGUUAGCACAUUAGUUAGCACGAUAGAUCAAAUCAGGAAAUACACGGCCGAAAAUUCUCCUAGACAUGUGUAUCACACGACGGGUAGUCAAUGGGAAGAUUUUGAUCCGAAAAAUUUGAUAAAGAAGGCCCAGCUUACGAAGGCGUUGUUCAAAACUGAUCUCAAAGAUCCUGUUACGUGUAGUAGGAAUUACAUCAAUCGUUUGGAGGAAUCGGAGUCUAUUAUUGGAGAAAAAGAUGAGAUUGAUACUAUUAAAGAUUUAGUCAAAUAUUGUACGAUAGAAUCGAUUAAGAAGACACCAUUGAUAGACGCGAUACUUUCCGAUUCGCCAAUUUUAGGAAAUAAAACAAAAUUACAAAAACAAGCAUUUAUUUCCUCUCGAAAAGAUGAGUCUGAUUCGAAGGAAAAUGAUUUGUACGUCGAAAUGAGUCCGUUGGUACCUGUUGAAAAUGUUAAGAUUGUACAUAAUAAUUUAUCCGAUACAAUAUCUUCUAAUAUUACGAACGUUAAUUCAAAUUCUGCAGAUACGAAACGGCUAGAUACUACAUCGUAUAUUUCUACGCAAUUGGUGAAAUCGAACUCCGAUAAUACGGAAAAAUUGGAACCGAUCUGCGAUAAACUGCGUAAAAAGCCGAUCAAUUAUCCAAAACGAAAAUUUUCUUUAUUAAAGGAAAAAUUUGAAUCCAAGUCGCAACUAGUUUAUGUUGUUACUCCUAAUAAGGCUAUUAAAAUUGGACAAUCCGCUGCUUCUCCCGAAAUCGAGACAUCGAAAAAAAAUGUUUCGGUAAUUUUAAAAAAGUCGACCGAUUAUAUAAAAUACGAUAAAGAGAAUUUAGCCCCUAUCGCAUCGUUUAAAGUUUGUUAUGAGAAAAAUACUUCGAACGAUAAAUCUCAUUCAAAUCGAGAAAAUAUCGAUCUUAUUUACGAAAACGAUAAAUCUUUAUGCAAUAAUGAUUUAAAUUUGAAAGAAAGAAGACAUAUCUUUUUAGAACAAGUUUUAUCACCUCCAAAACUAUUAACUUGGAAUAAAAAAAAGUCUUUUAGUGGGUCUACUGUAAAAAAGAUAUAAAAAAUAUUUACAUUACACAACGAAAUAAUAUUUUGAAUAAAUUCGUAAAUAAGAUUAUAAUAAUGAUUUAAUAUUAUUAAUAUACUUAUUUGUUUAUUAGGCCAAAUGUUUUUGCAAAAGAGUGAUACUUAAUUUUAUUUUCAAAUAGAAUAAUGUUAUUUUUUUAUACUUUUUACGUGAUUAGUUUUUUAAUUGACUAAUAAGAAAAAGAGGAAAUAGAAACAAUGUAUAUAGUAUAGUUUAUAAAUCGAAUUUAUUAUGAAAUAUAUGGAUGCAUGUAGAUAUACAUAUAUGUGGAUUAAGUGAUAUAAAGAGAAAAUUACUAUUUUCAUAAAAAUGAAAGAAAUUAUUUGAGACAAUUAUUAUGUGUAUGUAUGUAUGUAUGUAUGUAUGUGUGCGCACAUAGAGAGUGAGAGAUUAAAACAGAAGUAUUAUAUUUUCUAUAUAUUUUAUUAGGUAUAUAAACCAAUUGUAUCUUUGUCAAGUACAAUAUUACAUUUUACAAUAUUGUAAAUCUGCAAUAAUUAUAUAUAUGAAAA